AUGGGGGACACCCCGGGCAGAGGGGGAGCCCAGAGGACGUGCCCCCACAAGCCUGGACGGUCCGAGAAGUAUGAGCUGAGACCAGAAGGCCCCACCGUCAUGGGCAGCCUCGCCUACCGAGAAGGCCUUGAAGACGAAGAGAAGAACUCGGGGUUCACCUGGGAGGUGAAGGCCAACAGCCGGGCCUACAACAGCCGCUUCAAGGAGAAGGCCUUCCUGUGCUGGCAGAGGCCGAAGUACAAGACCAACAUCAUCCACACGGCCAAGUACAACUUCUUCUCCUUCCUGCCCUUGAACCUGUGUGAGCAGUUCCGCCGCAUGUCGAACCUCUACUUCCUUCUCAUCAUCAUCCUCCAGAGCAUCCCCGAGAUCUCCACCCUGCCCUGGUUCACGCUCUUCGCCCCGCUCGUCUGCCUCCUCGUCAUCCGGGCCACGCGAGACCUGAUGGACGACAUCGGGCGACACAGGAGCGAUAGGGUCGUCAACAACCGGCCCUGCCAGGUCCUGGUGGGCAAGAGCUUCCGGUGGAAGAGAUGGAAGAACCUGUGUGUGGGCGACGUGGUCUGUCUACGCAGAGACAACAUUGUCCCGGCCGACCUGCUCUUGCUGGCCAGCACCGAGCCCAGCAGCCUGUGCUACGUGGAGACGGCCGACAUCGACGGGGAGACCAACUUGAAGUUCAGGCAGGCGCCAAUGGUCACCCACCACGAGCUGAACAAUGUGAAGAAGAUGGCGUCCUUCCAAGGCAAAGUGGUGUGUGAGGAACCCAACAGCCGGAUGCACCAGUUUGUGGGGUGCCUGGAGUGGAUGGGGAGGAAAUACCCCCUGGACAUCGGCAACAUCCUCCUACGAGGCUGCAAGAUCCGGAACACGGACACCUGCUACGGGCUGGUCAUCUACGCGGGUGGAUGGAUGGAUGGGGGUUUUGACACGAAGAUCAUGAGGAACUGUGGCAAGAUCCACCUGAAGAGAACCAAGCUAGACCUCCUGAUCAACAGGCUGGUGAUCAUGAUCUUUGUGUCCCUGGUGCUGAUCUCAGCGGCCCUGACCGUGGGCUUCUGGUACAAGGUGAAGGAGUUCAAGACCAAGCACCACUACGUGGCCGCCAAGCACGCGCGCACCGUGGCCACCGAGUCCUUCUUCAUCUUCUGGGGCUUCCUCAUCCUGCUGAGCGUCAUGGUGCCCAUGGCCAUGUUCAUCAUGGCCGAGUUCAUCUACCUGGGGAACAGCGUCUUCAUCAACUGGGACACGCAGAUGUACUACGAGCCAAAAGAUAUGCCCGCCAAGGCCCGCAGCACGAGCCUCAACGACCAGCUGGGCCAGGUGGAGUACAUCUUCUCGGACAAGACGGGCACGCUCACCCAGAACAUCAUGACCUUCAAGAAAUGCUGCAUCAACGGCGUCCUCUACGGUGGGCCGGCCCAUGCGCUCACCGCCCCGCAGGAGAGCCCCUACCUCUGGAACAAAUUCUCCGACGGGAAGCUGCCCUUCCACAACGCGGAGCUCCUGCAGGCCGUGCGCGGCAACAAGGACAAGAUGGUGCGCGAGUUCUGGCGCCUGCUGGCCAUCUGCCACACGGUGAUGCAAACCGCUGGUCCCGCCCCGCGGCCCCCUCCCCCUCCAGACCAGCUGUUGUACCAGGCGGCGUCGCCCGAUGAGGAGGCGCUGGUGACGGCCGCGCGGAAUUUCGGCUACGUGUUCCUGGCGCGCACGCAGGACAGCAUCACGGUGAUGGAGCUGGGCGAGGAGCGGGUGUACCAGGUGCUGGCCAUGAUGGACUUCAACAGUGUCCGAAAGCGCAUGUCGGUGCUGGUCCGAGACCCCGAGGGCUCCAUCUACCUGUAUACCAAAGGCGCUGACACGGUCAUCUUUGAGCGCUUGCGCAAGAAAGGCGUGAUGGAGUGGACCACGGAGGACAUCCUGGCCUCUUUGGCUGAGCAGACCCUGCGGACGCUGUGCCUCGCCUACAAGGAGGUGGACAAGGAUGCGUAUGAGCAGUGGCACCAGCGCCACCAGGAGGCCAGCCUCCUGCUGCAGAACCGGGCCCAUGCCCUGCACCAGCUGUAUGAGGAGAUGGAGCAGAACCUCCAGCUGCUGGGAGCCACAGCCAUCGAGGACAGGCUCCAGGAUGGCGUCCCCGAAACCAUCCAGUGUCUCAAGCAGGGGAACAUCAAAGUGUGGGUGCUCACAGGGGACAAGCAAGAGACGGCGGUGAACAUCGGCUUUGCCUGCCAGCUGCUCUCGGAGAACAUGCUCAUCCUGGAGGAGAAGGAGAUCACUCGGAUCCUGGAGGCCUACUGGGAGAGCAACAACAACCUGCUGGGAAAGAACUGCCUGAAGAAGCGGUUCCUGCCACAGGUCAAGAUGGCCAUGGUCAUCAACGGGGAUUUCCUGGACCAGCUGCUGCUGUCCCUGCGCAAGGAGCCGCGGGCGCUGGUCCAGAGCGCGGACGCGGACGCGGAGGAGCCGUGGCAGGAGCCCGGCGAGAGGAGGACGGACUUCCUGCAGGCCCGGCGGCUGUCCCUGAUGUGGCGCUCCCUCGGGACGCAGCUGAGGAGCACGGGGCUGGCGUCGCCGGACCAGAAGGCGCGCGCCCGCGAGAGCCCCGAGAUGCGGCGGGAGCGCGCCUUCGUGGAGCUGGCCUCGCGGUGCCAAGCGGUCAUCUGCUGCCGGGUGACGCCCAAGCAGAAGGCCUUGAUCGUGGCCCUGGUCAAGAAAUACCAGCACGUGGUGACCCUGGCCGUCGGCGACGGCGCCAACGACGUCAACAUGAUCAAGACCGCGGACAUCGGCGUGGGGCUGGCCGGCCAGGAGGGCAUGCAGGCCACGCAGAACAGCGACUACGUGCUGGCCCAGUUCUGCUUCCUGCAGCGGCUGCUGCUGGUGCACGGGCGCUGGUCCUACCUGCGCGUCUGCAAGUUCCUGCGCUAUUUCAUCUAUAAGACGCUGGCCAGCAUGAUGGCCCAGGUCUGGUUCGCCUUCUACAGCGGCUUCACCGCCCAGCCCCUGUACGAAGGCUGGUUCCUGGCGCUCUUCAACCUGCUGUAUACCACCCUUCCAGUCCUGUACAUCGGCCUGUUCGAGCAGGACGUGAGUGCGGAGCAGAGCCUGAAGUUGCCAGAGCUAUACAUCGUGGGCCAGAAGGACGAGCUCUUUAACUACUGGGUCUUUCUCCAAGCUGUGGCCCACGGCAUGGGCACCUCCCUGGUCAACUUCUUCAUGACCCUGUGGGUCUGCCGUGACUCGGGCGGGCCCGUCAUCUUCGGCGACUAUCAGUCGUUUGCCGAGGUCGUGGCCCUGUCGGGCCUGCUGUCCGUCACCAUGGAGGUCAUCCUCAUCCUCAAAUACUGGACCGUCCUGUUUGUGCUGGCCGUUCUCCUCAGCCUCUGUUUGUACAUACUCGUGACUUGGGCCAGCCAGAGCUUCUGGCUCUUCAAACUCUCCCCCAAGACCUUCCCGUUUCUGUACGCUGAUCGCAACGUGCUGUCCCAGUCCCCCAUCCUGCUGGUGAUCCUGGUGAACGUGUCGUUGAACACGCUGCCUGUGCUGGCCUUCCGUCUCAUUCACCAGACCCUCAAGAAGCCACGCCCCAAGGAGGAGGAGGAGGCCCCAAGUGAGGAGCUCGUCACCCCGGAGCCCAUGCCCUACAUACACCGGGAGUCACGUGGCCGGCGCUCCAGCUAUGCCUUCUCCCACCGUGAGGGCUACGCAGACCUCAUCACACAGGGCACCAGUCUGCGGAAGCCACCAGGGGUCAACAGCGACAUGCUGACUGAACAGAAGGUCCCAUCCGAUGAGGAGCUCCCCCCGAGUUUCGAAGAGCUACCCUGGUACUCCAGGAGGAUGUCAUUCCUGGGGAGGAAGAGACACCAGCACCGGGGUAAGGUGUCCUCCGAGGACAUGCAGCCCACCACCGUGAGCUUGGAAAAGGAGCUCGAGCUCCCAGAGGAGGAGGAGCUGGGGCCACCUCCCACCGACACCUCUUCUACCCUGGUGGAAGUCACGCCACUGUCUACAGAAGAGUCAUCCGCCUACGAGCUGCCCAUGGAGGUGGAGCCCGGGCCGGAGGAGGGGCAGCCGGCGGUGCCCAGUGGGGACCAAGUGCCACCCAACCGAGCGGAACAGCCGCCCCUGCCUGAGAAGGACCAGUGA